ACUAGCCAGUCUCUUCCAUCACUACAACUUAUUAAUUACCCUUCUCCAAGCUCCUCUUCAACAAUGGCUGCUUCAGCUUCCACAAUGGCUCUCUCUUCCCCAUCUCUCGCCGGAACGGCUGUCAAAGUUGCCCCGGAGGUUCUCGGCACCGGACGGAUCACCAUGAGGAAGUCCUUCAAGCCUGUCCCUUCUGGCAGCCCAUGGUAUGGUCCUGACCGCGUCAAGUACUUGGGCCCAUUCUCCGGUGAGCCCCCAUCCUAUCUCACCGGCGAAUUUCCCGGUGACUAUGGUUGGGACACCGCUGGGCUUUCCGCUGACCCAGAAACAUUUGCCAAGAAUCGUGAACUCGAAGUGAUCCACUGUAGAUGGGCCAUGUUGGGAGCCCUUGGGUGCGUCUUCCCCGAGCUCUUGGCCCGCAACGGUGUCAAGUUCGGUGAGGCCGUGUGGUUCAAGGCCGGAGCCCAAAUCUUCAGUGAGGGUGGGCUUGACUACUUGGGCAACCCUAGCUUGAUCCACGCACAAAGCAUCUUGGCUAUCUGGGCCUCACAAGUCAUCUUGAUGGGCGCUGUUGAGGGCUACCGUAUUGCCGGUGGACCGCUCGGUGAGGUGACCGACCCACUUUACCCCGGUGGAAGCUUUGACCCAUUGGGCCUUGCUGAUGAUCCAGAGGCCUUUGCUGAGCUCAAGGUGAAGGAGAUCAAGAAUGGUAGGUUGGCCAUGUUCUCGAUGUUUGGGUUCUUUGUUCAGGCCAUUGUGACUGGAAAGGGACCAUUGGAGAACCUUGCUGACCAUCUGGCUGACCCAGUUAACAACAAUGCUUGGGCUUAUGCCACAAACUUUGUACCCGGAAAGUGAGCUUGAAAAGAGAGACUUUGUAUUCAAUUGUUUCAUGAUGAUCGUGAUGAUGAUGUAACAUUAUUGUGAAGUGAUGGAGAAUAUAAUGUGAUUUAUUUUUUGGUGCA